AUGACUUGGUGCGCGAGAAUUUAUGAUAUUUUUAAUGGUUGGAGCGAAGAAGAGAAUCAAUUUUCAAUCGCAAAUAAUAAUGAAGAAGAUAAACCAAAAUUUAAACAAUUAAGUGCCGAGUUUUAUAAGGAUGAAACAGAAGAUAAUAAUAAAACAAUUAUUCAACAUGAUAGUCCAUUUCUUGAAAAAUCAGAUUCCUUUCCAACUACGCAUUUAACAACCAAACAAUUGUACAAUGAUGAUUAUUUAAAUCGUCGAGAUUAUCAAGGAGAACACAUUUGUGUUGAUACACAUUUUUCAUGUCAUCAGCGUGACGAACAAUAUUAUUACGAUGCCGAGGAUAGACCUUACGGCAUAGCAACAAUUUCAAACAUGUCACUCAAUCUUCCGAAGUAUUUUGGAAAUACAGAAAAUAUUCAACAGCAAUUGUCGCGAAGUUUUUCACUGGAUUUACCUAUGGACAUUAGACGUAAUGCUUAUACUAUACCAUCGUUUAGUGAUAUAUCACCACAUGUCAGAUAUUCAACAACUCAACAAAUAAAUCAAGCAUUCAACAACAAAGAAAAACCGAAUCGAUUAUCGUUGAAUCUUGGAAGCAGCCAUAAUAGUCAAGCUUCUUUAGAACGAAGACAGGAUGCAUUCGGCUAUAGAGUAUCAACACGUUCAACAUAUUCCGUACAGGAUAAUGCAAAUAAUGAAUUACAAUCACCUAACAAUGAAGAAAUUGAACAAGAAGUUCAAUAUCGUACAAAAGAAAUGUUAACAUCAACACCCGGUGGUGUUUUUCCAAUGAUUUAUUGUUUCCCUGAUAAUGAAAAAAUACGGUUUAAUGAUCGUUAUCGUAUUGAAGGAGGUUACGGCGAACCAUCACAAUGGAGUAUUCAAACAAAAAUUCUUCCUAGCGAAUGCUGUUUGAUAUCUGAGAAUAUUUCUUCAAUUUAUUUAAAUGAUUUUUACGAUCAAUAUCAUGUUAACUUAUAUGCCAUCGAUAAUGAGUCCAGUCCAGUCGUUAUGUCAGUAAAACCUUAUGAUCAACAUUUGAAAGUUAUUGUGCGUACAAAAGAAGGCUCGAAAUGUAUGGUUUUCAUUGAGCACACCACUAAUUCAACGGAUUACGUUAAUUUAUCAAAAGAAGUUUAUCCGAAUUUACAUAUUGAUUAUUUCGAAAAUUGUACAAAUCUCAAAGCACAAGAUUCUAUUAAAUCAUACGACGAAAAAUUAGAAACUCAAAAAUUCAAAUUCGGCGUUAUUUAUCAAAGAAGAGGACAAACCACCGAAGAAGAAUUCUUUAAUAAUCAAACUCAUAAUCGAUCUUUUGACGAAUUUCUUGACAUAAUUGCAUCGAAAGUUUCACUGAAAAACUUUAAAGGCUACCGAGGUGGUCUGGAUGUAAGCGAACAAACUGAUUCGCCCGUAUCCUAUUACGAAUGUUAUGACCAAAAAGAAAUUAUGUUUCAUGUUAGCACAUUAUUACCAUAUACAAAUAAUGAUACAACACAAAUUCAACGUAAACGUCAUAUUGGCAAUGAUAUUGUCACUAUUGUUUUUCAAGAAGAAAAUACACCAUUUCACCCUAGUAUGAUUAAAUCAAACUUUUUACAUGCAUUUCUUGUCAUACAACCGGCACAAAUACUUUCAAGACCAUGCUAUAAAAUAAUGUUUAUCGCUCGGGAAGAUAUUCAAGAAUUCCCACCUAAUCUUCAAAAAAAUGUUGUGUAUAUUCGUACAGCUGAACAAUUGAAACCGUUUAUUUUGUCAAAAUUAAUCAAUGCUGAAUAUGCUGCGUAUCGUUGUCGAACAUUUGCUUUACUGCAAGAACGUACACGUUGUUCCUUUCUGAAGAAUUUAUGCGAAAAUCUAUCGGACAAAUCCUUUGAAACUCUAUGUGAUGAACAAAAACAACCAAGUCAUCGUCGUUCGACCCUAUUAUCGAAUUCAACACGAAAACGUUAUUUAUCAUCAAUGAAAAAAAUCUUCAGUAGAAGUAAUAGUACGCCGGAUGGCCCUCGUCAAUCAAUAAAAUCUGAUUCAAUUAAAAUAAAACCUAGUAAAAAAUUAGUAAAUUUAGGAAAAUCAAUGGAUAGUGCUGACAGUCGGCAACGUUCAUUAAAUGCACGUUCACCAAUUCAUCAAGAUAUACCUCGUGAAAAUAAACUGAUAAAUCGGCAUAUGAAUGCUCGAAGCGAUGACAGUUUAAAUAGCAGCGGAGAUAUAACAAGUUCAACUAUGCAAAACUAUUCAUCAAAUUCACAACAAAUGUAUCACGGAGAUGAAUCUGAUGAAGGACUGGAUAGUAUGUCGUCAGCUGAUGCAGCUCGUCUACCCUAUGACAGCGAUGAUCAAGAUGCUUAUCGACAACAGAUUCGCGAAAAAUCUCAUCCAUCUCAAAUAUGGCAUCGUGUAUCUACCCAACGUCAUAUUUAUACACCGCAAACAGCUGGCAUUCAUAUAAGUGAAGAAGCAACUGUUUGA